UUAAAAAUAAAUGAAAAAAGGCAAAUAAGCGAAGGAUCAGUCCGUGUAGAAGGAACUUAAGGACUUAAUCCUUAGGGCAGCUGGCACGCUUUGAUUGGGUCGAGUUGUGUUUGUGUGUCGUGGUCACGAAAAAAAAAAUCAUUCGACACAAACGUAGAAAAAAAAACUCUCGAAGAAACAGAAGGCGAUUUUCGAUCCAUCUCGUUCCAUCUUCUUCCCUCGCGUUCCACGGUUAAGCAAACAUGGGCCAAGACUAUAGCUACACCCAGCCUUCCUCAUCAGACGAGUAUGACUUGACCUCACUGCUUGAAGCUGAAGCGGCUUUGUACGCCGAAGAAGCUGAGAGUAGCUACAACAUUGGUGAGCCUGUUCAGUGCCCACCUCAGCCGUUUCAGUACUUAUGUGGGGGACAUACAAAUGCGGAGGAGAUGCGUGCCUUUGAGACACAACUUAGUCUUCUCAAGGAUCAAGUUCGUGCGAGUGACCAGAAGCUGGCUACGCUCGAGAAGACCCUGUGUGAUGAGUUAUGCAAGAAGACAUCAUGGGUUACAAUUCUUGGAGUAUCUCUUCUGCUGAGCCUUUUACUUUUAAUAGCGGUGAUAAUUCUUGGAGGAACAACUUCGAAGGAUAGUAGAAGACUAUCUAACGUGGAGACUGUCUUUAAUGUUAGAAACAUUUAAACUGAAGCUAUUUCUCUGUUUUUUGCUUCUCUGAAAAAAACAAAACAUUUAUAUUGAAACUCUUUAUCUUAAAUGCUUACCUUCCUUAUUCAGAUUUGAUAUGAUAUUAAACGUGUUUUCAUACCAGAUCUAAACUUUGAUUAGACUUUUCAUAGGUUGCUCAAAAAAAAAUUACUUUUCAUAAAAACAAUCUAUUUAACAAUUAUUUUCAUGUUAAUGUAAUAGUUUUUUAAACUUAAGUGUGAAUUCUAGAUUUAUGGUGGUGAUUAACUUGAAAGCAAAAACCCAAUAUGGUAAAGUCAGUAGAGUUCGAAUUCUGGCCACUGAAAAAUUAACAUUUCGGCAUCGCCAAAAACAUGAAACCGACACAUGGUAACACAUGACUAGUUUGGAUCAGUUAUGUGGGCUAGGAUACCUUGUUUAAUUCAAAUAAAAGAAAAAAAAAUUUAAUUGUGUGAAGAUCGAAAACGAUUGGAGAUGGAUACGGGAUAUAAUCAAAGACAAGGGCUAGAAACCAUAAAACUAUUUUUUUUUUGUAAAUAAAGAAACAACAUAGAUAUAAAAGUAAAACAUAUUAAAAAUUUAAAAAUUGAAAAUUAAAAAAUAUCAUAUAAUUAUUGUCAGUGUAAAAGUAUUUUCAUAUGAUUUUAUAAAAGAAAAUUUAUUAAAAAUUACUCCCAAAAUCUUUUUCAGGAAAAUAUGAAAAUAGAUAAUAGAGAAAUGAAAGUAUAAAAAUAAAAAUGUAAUAGUGCAUAAGUUACGAUCUUAUAGUAUAGGUAGAGGUGAGAUUAGCAAGUGGUGGCGGAUAAGAACAAAAAUUCAACUUAAUUUAAAGAUUUCAGAUAAAUUACUACAACUUGAAAAAAGAUGAAUUUAAUUGAAUCUUAUUCAAGUUUUUUCCAAAAAAAUGAAGCAAAUCAAAUUUGUCUCAAAAACUCAAAAAUUAGUUUAUUGAUUCUUAAAGUCUGUCUAACAAACCUAAAAAUAAAAAUAUAUAUAUAUAGAACUUUUAGAAAUCCUAAUUUUUACAAUAAAACUAGUGUUUUUAAAACUGGAUCGGAAGUUAAACCGGAUAACUUUUGGGUCAUGGUUCAAUAUAGUUCGUCGGGUCAAACCUGGUUUAAUAUUUUUUUAGUUUAUAAAUUUAAAAGUAAUGUAAGUAAAUAUGAUACAGAAUUAGAAAUGUAAAUGAAUUUAAAACAUAAAACAUUAUAAAACUAGUUUAAUGGUUAUAUGGAUGAUUUAAAGAUUUUUGAUAGUUUAAUGAUUUUUAUUAGUUUAAUAACUCUAAGAUCUAAUGCGACUACGUAAUCGGUUCAUGAUCGAACCAAUUAUUAGACCCAAUCCGACUAUUCAACAGGUUCAUGGACGAACCCGAUUCAACCACCGGAUCGGUCCGAUUUUAAAAACACUGAGUAAAACUAAAACACAAACAAUAACGAAAUAAGUAGAUAAAAAAAUAACUCAAAUAUGGAAAGUAUUCGUUGGAGCUUCUAGGAUGAUGAUGCAUCAGAUCUUCUGGGGUAAAGAAGAUUCAACCACAAAUCGUAAGGUUGGAUGGAGACAUGUUUUUCUCAAAAAUUGGAAAACUGAGUUUUUUGCUCAAAACCAUUAAGUCACAUUUAUCUAUCAAAACGAUAAAAUCACAUUUUAUGCCAAAACCAUAAAAUUAAGGUUUCUCGCCAAACUGGAAAUCGAGUUUUUUGAUAAACCGCAAAAUAACGCACUACAAGAAAAUGCGCUAAUAACGACUACACGUUAUGACUAAAAAAGUAUGGUCGUAAUUUUAUGACGAAUUUACAUCGUCAUUACGUCCAUAUAAAAAAUCGUCGUAAAAUCGACGUAAACAUACAACAACAUUUUGUCGUAAAUUUGUCGUAAUGUCACGACAAAUCUACGACGAUUUGCAAUGAUUUUUAAAUAUCGUCUUAAAGUAGUUGUUACAUUACGACUAAAUUACAUCAACAAGUUAGGAUCUAAUUAACGACUACAUUACGAGUAAAACAAAAGGUUGUUGUUGUACAUGUGAUAAAUGUUUGUACGUAUGGUUGGUAAAAAUAUUGGCAAUAUAGUUGUUAAGUUAAAGUAAAUUUUAUGUUGUAGUACAUUUCCACCUACCAAAUUCGAAAAUUUCCUAUAAAUAUGUACUCCUCUCCCAUUCUAAAGAUGCAUAA